ACAAGUCAGAGCGAAAAAGGAAUCAUGGCUAAGGCAACUCUUAAAUCAGUUUAUUCCCUAGUAGUAUUUUUCUCGCUCGUCCCUUUUAUCAAUGCAGAGGAAACGAUAAACUUGGGUGCAGCUUCAGAUUUUGACUUCUUUUACUUGGCCAUGCAAUGGCCUCCGGCCACAUGCAGUGGUCAUCCUCCUGCACAAUGCAAACAGCGCAUAUCCAACUUCACAUUGCACGGCUUGUGGCCAGCAAAAAACGUAGGACCAUCUCCAACUUACUGCAACUCGGUGCCAUUUGAUAAUGGAAAGUUGACUAAAGCUGUUAUCAACGACCUCAGUACAUGUUGGCCAGAUCUUCUUAGAGGAGACAAUACAAACUUUUGGAGUCGUGAAUGGCAGAAACACGGUACUUGCUCCGGCUUAAAGUUGGCGGAUUACUUCAAGAAUUCAAUUAACUUAGUUAAAGGAAUAAAUAUCCUGAAAACACUUGACAAUGCAGGAAUCCGACCAGAUAACAAAAACUAUAGAAUUGUUGACAUAAAAAAAGCCGUCAAGAUAGCUCAAAACAAGCAGCCAUUACAACUAGAACCCUCGAUCAAGUGUAAUGUCAAUACAAAAGGAGAAAUCCAAUUGCACGAGAUUCGAUUGUGCGUCAAUAAAGCUGGAAAACAAUUCGAAAAAUUUCAACGAAGUACUGACAUCGGAUGUGGAUGUUCACAACCGAAAAUUAAAUUUCCUUCUGCAUAAUCCAAAAGUUGUCUCUGAAACACCUCCUCCAUCUCCCAAGUUUGAAAAUAAGGUCCAUUGUAAUAUUUUAUAAU